GAUCUUUUGGCAGGUUAGUCCAGGACGGUGGUGAAGACAGAAUCAAAUCUGCAGUGCAACUAACAACUUGCCUUGACUAGGUCUCGCUCCGGAUUGUAACCGGCAACACAUUUAAAGUUAAUUUAGUAGCUAUAUUUUGUGAGCGCAUAAAUAUAGCUUGUGGGCGCAUCAAGACGAGGCGUAUUUGGAAGAGAACAACGGCUUAGUUGACAUUUUUGCGAAUGAUUUGAGUCGCGCAUGAGUUUGAGAGCACUGCUUCUCUCCGCUCAUGCUGCAGGACGGUGGCAGGAGAGCCUGCCGAAAUAACGUGUUUGGAAACGAGAAGUGUUCGCCUGGUUUUAAACGCGCCUGCUUGGAAAUUGUCUGGAUUGUCUGCCGCUUUAACGGAUCUGAACACUUCCCGGUGAGAGAGUCGUCUGGGGGGCAGAUUGUUCGUCCUACAGCACAUUGGAUGAGGGGGACAUUUACCACACCGUGGUUAGAUCUUUCCCCUAGCAUUUUCGGAUGUCCAGCAACAGACUGCAUGACAAUUCAUGAUUUCUGGUGUAAUUCUUGGGACACGUUCAGGAAAUACAUACAGUCGCUUUGUUUUUGUAACCUGGAGGAAAUGCUAAUUUAAACACCAGACAUUAUAAUAAUAAUUUAAAAAACCCUCAUAAACAUUGCCUUGUUUACCUGCUUUUGGUGGAGCUCUACAUGAGAGAACACUGAGAAGACAAUGCCUUCCUCUGUCAAGCUGAGCUUCUUCCGCCUGCUUGUUGCCUUCCUGGUGGGGGGCUGUGCUGCCAUCAGUUCCAUAGACCCGGACCGUCCCGGGGAAGGAAGAUGCCAGCAAAUAGUGAUUCCCCUGUGUAAGGACAUUGGCUACAACAUGACCAGGAUGCCCAACCUCAUGGGUCAUGAGGACCAAGGGGAGGCAGCCAUCAAGCUGCACGAGUUUGCCCCGCUGAUUGAGUUUGGGUGCCACAGCCACCUCAAGUUCUUCCUGUGCUCGCUGUAUGCGCCCAUGUGCACGGAGCAGGUUUCUGCCCCCAUCCCGGCAUGCAGGGUGAUGUGCGAGCAGGCCAGGCUGAAGUGCUCCCCCAUCAUGGAGCAGUUCAGCUUCCGCUGGCCAGACUCCUUGGACUGCUCCAGGCUUCCCAACAAGAACGACCCCAACUACCUGUGCAUGGAGGCCCCUAACAACGGCACGGAUGAUCCCCCGAAGGGGGCGCACACCCAGCCGCCAGACUUCAGACCCCAGCGGCCCAACAGCGGCCAGGAGUUCCAGAUUAAGGACAGCAGCAGCCGGGAGGCCUGCAGCAACCCAGGCAAGUUCCACUAUGUGCAUAAGAGCGAGUCGUGCGCCCCCAGGUGCCACAGCAAGGUGGACGUGUUCUGGAGCCAGGGUGACAAGCAGUUCUCCCUCAUCUGGAUCGCCAUCUGGUCCAUCCUCUGCUUCAUCUCCAGCUCCUUCACCGUGCUCACCUUCCUCAUCGAUCCGCAGCGCUUCAAAUACCCCGAGAGGCCCAUCAUAUUUCUGUCCAUGUCCUACUGCGUGUACUCCUUGGGGUACCUCAUCCGGCUGUUUGUCGGGGCGGAGAAGAUAGCCUGCGAUAGGGACAAUGGUGUUGACUACAUCAUUCAGGAGGGCCUGGAGAGCACUGGCUGCACCAUCGUCUUCCUCAUCCUCUACUACUUUGGCAUGGCCAGCUCCCUGUGGUGGGUUAUCCUCACGCUCACCUGGUUCCUAGCAGCGGGCAAGAAGUGGGGCCACGAGGCAAUUGAGGCCAACAGCAGUUAUUUCCACUUGGCGGCCUGGGCCAUUCCCGCCGUCAAGACCAUCAUGAUCCUGGUGAUGAGGAAGGUGGCCGGGGACGAGCUGACGGGGGUUUGCUACGUGGGCAGCAUGGACGUGAAGGCCCUGACCGGCUUCGUGCUCAUCCCCCUCUCCUGCUACCUCAUCAUCGGGACCUCCUUCCUGCUGUCCGGCUUCGUGGCCCUGUUCCACAUCCGGAAGAUCAUGAAGACGGAGGGGGAGAACACGGACAAGCUGGAGAAGCUCAUGGUGCGGAUCGGCGUGUUCUCCGUCCUCUACACCGUGCCUGCCACUUGCGUCAUCGCCUGCUAUUUCUACGAGCGCCUCAACAUGGACUACUGGAAGAUUGUAGCCGUGGAGCAGAAAUGCAGGGACAGCGGGGGGGCCCAGGGCUCGGAGGGGUGCCUCCUGAGCAGCUCCAUUCCGGCCGUGGAGAUCUUCAUGGUGAAGAUCUUUAUGCUGCUUGUGGUGGGCAUCACCAGCGGCAUGUGGAUCUGGACUUCUAAGACCCUCCAGUCCUGGCAGAAUGUUUUCAGCAGGAAGCUGAAGAAGCGGACGAGGAGAAAGCCUGCCAGUGUGUUCACCGGCAGUGGACCCUGCAUCAAACCUCACCCUCCCCUCAAAGGCCAUAACACUAAGUAUGAACCUGCAGGGCCCCCUCCUACGUGUGUUUGAGCCUUUUUUCUGCGCAAACAGAGCCCAAACACACUCUUGCUCUUUCAACAUUUAAGCCCUGACUUUGAUCAUAUUUUGUUCUUACAGUACUGUCUAAAGGAAACAUUACAGGUUCAUAUUUAUUUUUUUAUGCAAAUGUAGUUGAAGAAAAUGCAGUGCAUUAAACAAAAAUGCUCUUUUCAUAUUAUGAUUUAUCUCAAGCAACGGGAGCAGAAUUGGUGAAAAAGUAAAAAUAAAAAAAGAAUAAUGUGGUUCUCUAACUGUUUUAAAAAAAAAAUGUUCAAGGUAUUAAAAAAGAAAAAAAACUUCUGUUUCAAGAUAAAGACAAUGGAAUAAACAGUUUGGAUGUGCCACUGGGUUGCUUGAAUAAUGUGCAAUAGAUGUUUUCCUUGGUGACAAAAAGACACAAGUACUGUAGAAACAGAUUAAAGACAAUGAAAGGACUCCCCUCCACAAAGGGGAUGAAUGGUCUGAGAGACGGAGGCCCUUUAGUGUUGCGUUUUGUGGCUUUUUAAUGGAAAUCAAGGCAGUGUCAUACAUGUUUGGACUGAUGUGAAGAAAGAAUGCAGCCGUUGAAAAGGGCCCAGGAGCGUAUGGACUGCCUAUUAUGAAGCACAUUCUAGCCAUAAAUAAAUCAACAAGCACUAGAUAUUGCAAAACUUUUUGUACAGACUGUUUUUCCCUUUGAUUUUUUUCAGUGCUUUUUGUAGCACAUCAAAACAUUUGUAUAUAUUUCUAAACAAAAUGUCAUUAUUUUAUAAAGAAAUAAAAACAUUAUAGUUUUAAA